AACCAAAACAAGCCGUCGCGUGGUGUUACGUCAUCAACGAGCGACUUAAACCACAGUAGCGGGAAUUCGGCCGUUCAGAAACAACUCAGUGUGGAGUUUGUGUUCAGGCAGCGUGUCGCCAUGACGCAGAGAAAGAGGCUGUCCGCCACACAGAGCUCCUCUCAGAGCAGAAGACAAACUGGCUCCUUACUGGCUCAGGAGGAGGAUGACGACUCAACCUUCACUCAGCCAAGUUCAACACAGGUCCAGAGAGGACUGGAGAAGCUCACACCUGCACAGGUCGACCAGAAGACAGCAGAGGUGGUGCAGUACUUCUUGGUGAAGGACCAGAAGAAGAUUCCCAUACGGCGAGCAGACCUUGUGAAACACGUGGUGAAAGAGUACAGAAACAUCUACCCUGAGAUCAUGAAGAGGGCAGUGCGUAUCUUUGACCAGGUGUUUGGCCUUAAACUGGUUGAAAUUGACACCAAAAAUCACAUGUACAUACUCGUCAAUAAGCUGGAGACAGUUGAAGGAGCCUCGCCGAUUAAUAGUCCAACCAAUCCAAAGAUGGGUCUGUUGUUUGUCAUCCUGAGUGUUAUCUUCAUGAAAGGAGGUGUUGUCAGAGAAAACCUCAUCUGGAAUACUCUGAAGAAACUCCGUGUUGACCCAGCAGAGAAACAUGAAGAGUUUGGUGAUGUGAAGAGGGUGGUCACAGACGAGUUUGUGCGUCAAAGGUACCUGGAGUAUGUGCGAAUCCCUCACACAGAGCCACCAGAGCAUGAAUUUCGCUGGGGUCAACGCGCCGACAUGGAAGUGUCCAAAGCCAAGAUCCUGGAGUUCAUGGGUCAGCUUCACGAACAGGACCCUCAGAGCUGGAGUCAGCAGUACAGAGAAGCCCACUCCACCCCCAGCUCCACCCAGGCCAGCACCAGCAGCCAGAGAUAACUGCCCCAGUGUUACAAGUUCAUCUGCCUUCAUUUUAUUUAUUCUGACUGCUGAUGCUGAGAAACGGCUAAAAGAAGCUGCAUCAAAACCACGUUUUUCCCUUUUCAGUGUGUCAUUGCUGAGACUGUUACUACAUCUUUGUGUGGUCAUACUUUGUACAGACUAAAUUAUUUGGUCUUUCAGCCUCAAACUCUUAAUCACAUUUAAUAUGACUCAGACAAAGCAUCAGGUAUCAGUUUUCAUUUUAUUGCCUGGAGCAACAGUUAUUUGUUUAGAAAAUAAAAAUCUUUUUAUAACAGA